GCCAAGGGUAAGCCAGAUGCGCUGAGCCUGUGGGGCAACUCCAGCGCGCUGAACCAGACCAGCCCGUCCCUGAAGCUGUGGGUGGGCGGUCUGCCGCACGAGGCCACCGACGACGUCCUCUGGGCGCACUUCGGCCAGCUGCAGGCGCCAGUGUCGGCCGAGGUGUUGUACCCUGGUGUGGGGUGCGUGGCCUUCGACUCGGAAGAAGUCGCUGCGGCAGCUCGAGGUGUUCGGAUGCAGCGGUGGCGGCGGCCGUGUCCGCCUUCAACCACUCCGACCUGA